CAAUAUUCAGAUGUGUUUCUACUUACUGAAGAGAUAAAAAUACCGUGAGAGGUCUAUAAAAAAAUCUCUACGCAGUUGGGUCAGACAGAUAGCUGUUUACCACAAAAUACGUGAUUAUCAUUUUAUUGGAGUCAAUACAAAUACAAGAAUUUUGUCUUCCGUUUCACAACAGAUACGAAAAUGAUGUACUGUCACCUAGUACUAGCGACACUUUGUGUAGUAACUCUUACUACCGCUACUCCUACUUCGUUUAAUACACGUGGAACUAUAGAAAACGCAAUACCCACUGACGAAACGUGUUGCUCUAUAUCUCACUGUAAAGAAGUACCACUCAACACUGAAGGCCAUUCGGUGUUCCAAUGUUACAAAACUAAAGUAUGCGGAGAAGAAUGUCUGCACAAACAGAACAAGAAUUUACCUCCAUUGCCAACUUACAGAAGAAAAAAUUAUUAUGUGAGGAAGAUGUGUCGGGGUUAUGACUGUUAUGAUUAUGCCUACGAUUGCAGAAAAUGUCCUGAUCCUAGUAAACCAAGUUUUAGUCCUUAUACUAUUGAUGCAGAUUGUAUAAACUGUUACUAUUAAUUUUUUUGUAUUUUUAGAUAUAAAUUAUUAAAUCAUAUUUUUAGAUAAA